AUGGAUAAAGCAAAGGUGGACUUCUUAAAUCAUGCGUCACAACAGCUUUGUUUAUCGAGCCCGUCGACCUCAGCGUACUUGUCUAUGAACCUCGAUUUACAAUUUAACAACCAGACAAACCAGACACGAACCCGCUCUUGCAAGAGCUGUGGGACUUCGAACGCUGCAGGUUUCACCAGCGAGGAGAACAUCUCCAUAUCGGCCAGAGCUCAGAGCAAAGGACAGCGGAAGCGGUCUCAACAAGAUCGGCUUGCCACAUGGACCUCUCACUGCUUAAUUUGCGGUCGCAAUACCAAGCAUAGUUUCACAGCACGAGCUAAACCUGCUAGUUCUAUGAAAGGCGCUCUACCCAUAAAAGCAUCCCAGGAACCCUUGUCUCCAGCGCCCACGACUGUUGGUCUCAACCCGCAAGCCUCCCAUGAACCGAAGCUCAGCAGCAAGAAGCGCGCCAAAGCACGCAAGGAUCGCGAAGGUCUGCAAGCGCUGCUCAACAAAACAAAGUUGGCUGCCGUGCCGUCGAAGCUCAGCUUCAUGGACCUAAUGAAGAAGUGA